AUGGCCCAAACUCACCUCCUUACUUUAAACUAUAAAGGCGACCACAACAAGCCUGAUACCAUCUACGACACCCAAAAUUUCAUCGACAAUGAACUCCAUGCCUCCAAGACAACCAAAUGGAUCGAUGUCCACGACCCCGCAACAAACAAUGUAGUUUCCCGAGUCCCAGAAACAACCCUCGACGAGCUUAAAGACGCAGUGAUCUCAGCCCAAAAUGCCUUCCCCGCCUGGCGAGACACCAGCAUCAUGAAACGACAAGAAAUGAUCUUCAAGCUAACCAACCUAGUCCGCGAGAACAUGGAUUCCCUAGCAGUCUCAAUCGUCACAGAACAAGGCAAGACCUUCGCCGACGCAAAGGGCGACGUUCUCCGCGGAUUGCAAGUCUGUGAAACCGCCUGCGGAAUCACCACCCAACUUCCCGGCGAGGUCCUCGAGGUAGCAAAGGAUAUGGAAACCCGUUCCUAUCGUCUCCCGCUUGGAGUCGUCGCAGCUAUCUGUCCCUUCAACUUCCCCGCCAUGAUCCCCCUUUGGAGUCUCCCGAUUGCCAUUGUGACUGGUAAUUGUCUGAUUCUGAAGCCGACGGAGCGCGCACCCGGUGCUUCGAUGAUCAUCGCUGAACUGUGCAAGAAGGCGGGUUUCCCACCUGGUGUUGUGAAUGUCAUCCAUGGUUCGAAACCGGCCGUUGACUUUAUCUUGGAUGCACCAGAGAUCAAGGCUAUCUCUUUCGUUGGGUCGAAUAAGGUUGGAGAAUAUAUUUAUGAACGUGGCACCGCGAAUGGAAAGCGUGUACAGGCGAAUCUGGGAGCUAAGAAUCACGCUGCUCUUUUGCCGGAUAGCAAUAAGAAGCAUGCUUUAAAUGCUAUCGCCGGUGCUGCAUUUGGAGCAGCUGGUCAGCGUUGCAUGGCACUAAGUGUUUUGAUUACGGUUGGUAAAGCGCGGGAAUGGCUCCCGGAAUUGAUUGAGAGUGCCAAGGGAUACCAGGCUGGAAGUGGGUUCAACGCACGGUCUGAUCUGGGUCCAUUAAUUACACCCCAGAGCCGGGAUCGCUGUGUAGACCUCAUUUCUAGUGCGGAGAAGGAGGGUGCUACUAUCGCCUUGGAUGGUCGGAAUCAGAAACCGGAGGGUUUCCCUAACGGAAACUGGGUCGGACCGACUAUUAUCACCGGAGUGAAACCCGAAAUGAGAUGCUAUCAAGAGGAGAUCUUCGGCCCCGUGUUGCUUUGCAUGAAUGCGGAUACAAUCAACAGUGCAAUCGAUCUUAUCAACAGCAACGAAUGGGGUAACGGUGCAGUAAUCUUUACCCAGUCCGGAUCUAGCGCGACUCACUUCCAGAAGCGCGUUGAGUCCGGUCAGGUUGGAAUUAACGUUCCCAUCCCCGUUCCCCUUCCCAUGUUCUCCUUCACUGGUAACAAGCGAAGUGUUGCUGGAACGGGAAUGCUUAAUUUCUAUGGAAAGGAUGGUAUCCGGUUCUAUACACAGUGGAAGACUGUUACCUCGCUCUGGAGAACUGAGGAUGCUACUGAGCUUGAGAAGCCAACUUCCAUGACUUGA